CUCGUGACGCUAUAUGAGAGGACUGGACUUUGUGCAGCACUUCUUCUUCCCUCCAUCAUCAAUACCCAUCUCUCUCUCUCUCUCUCUCUCUCUCUCUCUCUAGAGGAGCCUAGGACAGAGAGAAAAACACCUGCCCCGUGAGACCCGUACUAAACGUUGUACAACUCUACUUUCCUCUACUAUUUCGUCUUGCAGAAGUUUUCAACCUUCUCCUCCUUCUCUGCAACCCAUUUGUGUUGUUUGGUUUUGCAGUGUACUCUUUGAUGUCAUUGUCAAGAUUGGUUUUUUAAUUUCUUUCCAACCAAUUUUUGAUAUUGCAGAUGAACCCAUUUCGUAUGAUAUAAUACCAUACAUUCCCUUUUUAGUUAUUUCCUUUGUUCGAAAGUCCUCUUUGAUUGAAAGCCGUUUUUUUUCUCAAUCUGUGUUUUUUGAGUUUUGAUCAUAAAGCCUUCUUGAUUUUACGCUUCUCACCAGAAAUUAAUGCUUCCCUGUCCUCUGAAUUACUACUUUAAUACCAAGAUUUCUAAAAAUGGGUCAUCUUCAAAAAGUGGAAAACUUUGGGUUGCUGAAGAAUUAUUUGGGCAGGGCUUUUCUGGGUCAGUCCCUUCUAGUGUUGGAGGAAUAAACUUUUUAGUAGUAUCAAUCUCUGGAGAAUGAAGUGGGUUUUCAUCAGUAGCCCUUGUGUUUAAAGAAAAAAUAGAGAGAAGUUGAUGUUGGAAUCUCUUGAUUUAAUGCGCUCUUGAUUGCUGUUUUGGGGUUUUCAGAGAAACAGAAGGGUUUUUUGUUUCACUGAAGAAAUCCCUAAAAUGGCAUUUCUGCCCUUUUUCUCUCUCUUCCUGUUUGGGAUCCUAUCAAGCUCUAAACUUGUGUUUGCUCAGCUCCCCGAGGAAGAAACCACAUUGGUGGCCAUUGGCAAAGAGCUUGGACUAACUUCUUGGGGUCUUAACAGCUCACAUUACUGUUCUUGGGAAGGGAUUCGGUGUAGCUCCAACGAUUCCACGGUUGUAAAGCUGGAUCUCUCUCACGGGGGACUUCAAGGUAAUUUCACUCUGAUCUCUGAGCUCAAUGCACUGAAGUGGCUUGACCUUUCAUACAAUAACUUCCAAGGAUCAAUCCCACCAGCUCUUGGGAAUCUAUCUAAGCUUGAGUUUCUUGAUUUGUCGUAUAAUAGAUUUGGAAGCUUAAUCCCUGCUGAUUUGGGGAGGCUCACAAACCUUAGAUCAUUGAACUUGUCUAAUAAUUUUCUGGUAGGACAAGUACCUGAUGAGCUUGAGGGUCUAGUAAAUUUGCAAGAUUUUCAAAUCUUCACCAAUAGAUUGAGUGGUUCUAUACCCACUUGGGUUGGGAAUUUGACCAAUUUGAGAGUUUUUACUGCCUAUGAAAAUGGAUUAGUUGGAAGUAUUCCUGAUAAUCUAGGGUCGAAUUCCGAAAUUCGGUUGUUGAACCUUCAUUCGAACAAGCUCGAAGGGACAAUACCUGAUAGCAUUUUCGCUAUGGGAAAACUGGAAGUUUUGGUUCUGACUCAGAACCAAUUUGCUGGCAAUUUUCCCCAAUCGGUUGGGAAUUGCAAGGCACUUUCGAGCAUUAGAAUUGGAAACAACAAUAUCAUCGGAAGCAUUCCUAGGGAAAUUGGAAACGUUAGUGGCCUUACGUACUUUGAAGCUGACAACAACCACCUCUCUGGGGAAAUUGUCUCAGAUUUUGCUCAGUGCUCUAAUCUCACUCUGUUGAAUUUGGCCUCAAAUGGUUUCACCGGAACAAUUCCUGACCUUGGAAACCUUACCAAUCUCCAAGAAUUGAUUGUUUCCGGAAACAGCCUAUUUGGGGAGAUACCAUCAUCAGUUCUUGUUUGCAAGAGUCUUAACAAGUUGGAUUUGAGCAAUAACAGAUUCAAUGGCACAAUCCCAAGGGAUAUCUGCAACACUACGAGAUUGCAAUACCUUCUACUAAGUCAGAACUUCAUUAGGGGGGAAAUUCCUAAUGAGAUUGGGAAUUGUGUGAAAUUGCUUCAAUUGGAACUGGGUAGUAACUAUCUGACUGGAGCUAUCCCUCCUGAUAUUGGUCACAUCAAGAAUUUGCAGAUAGCUUUAAAUUUGAGCUCUAACCAUCUCCGCGGACUAUUGCCUCCUGAGUUAGGAAGACUUGACAAGCUUGUUUCUUUGGAUCUCUCCAAUAAUCAACUCUCUGGGACUAUCCCACCUGCAUUCAAGGGCAUGCUUAGUUUGAUAGAGGUCGAUUUCUCAAAUAAUCUGCUCACUGGUCCAAUACCAACCUUUGGGCCAUUUCAAAAGAGCCCAAAUUCAAGCUUUUUGGGGAACAAAGGGCUAUGUGGAGAUCCAUUGAGUUUGUCAUGUGGAAACUCUGAUACUUCUGGCCGCGAAAAUUACCAUCAUAAGGUUUCUUUCAAGAUCAUAAUGGCUGUUAUUGGAUCUGGGCUUGCAGUUUUUGUAUCUGUGACAAUUGUUGUUGUGAUUUUCACGAUGAGGGAGAGACAAGAAAAGACCGCCAAAUGCGUAGAGGUCAUCGAUGAUGGAAGCAAUAACCGGCCAUCAAUAAUAGCAGGAAACGUUUUCGUUGAGAAUCUGAGACAAGCAAUAGAUUUCGAUGCUGUUGUAAAAGCAACUAUGAAGGAUUCAAAUAAGUUGAGCAGCGGAACUUUCAGCAGUGUCUACAAAGCAGUUAUGCCUUCUGGUAUGGUUUUAUCAGUGAAGAGGUUGAAAUCUAUGGACCGAACGAUAAUUCAUCACCAGAGUAAGGUCAUUAGAGAGCUCGAAAGGCUGGGUAAACUCUGUCACGAUAAUCUAAUGACACCCAUUGGGUACGUGAUUUACGAAGACGUUGCUCUUUUGUUGCAUCACUACUUUUCGAAUGGUACAUUGUUUGAGUUCCUUCACGAUUCUUCAAAGCUCCCAGAGUACAAACCAGAUUGGCCUACAAGACUGGGCAUUGCGAUCGGAGCAGCUGAAGGGUUGGCUUUUCUUCAUCAGGUCGCAACUAUUCAUCUUGAUAUCUCCUCUGGUAAUAUACUCUUAGGUGCCAGUUACAAAGCUAUGGUUGGUGAGGUUGAGAUAUCGAAGCUGUUGGACCCGUCCAGAGGCACUGCAAGUAUCAGCGCAGUUGCUGGCUCAUUUGGGUAUAUACCCCCAGAGUAUGCAUACACAAUGCAAGUUACAGCACCAGGAAAUGUCUACAGCUACGGCGUCAUUUUGCUUGAGAUUCUUACAACCAGACUACCGGUUGAUGAGGCCUUUGGUGAGGGGAUAGAUUUGGUGAAGUGGGUUCACAAUGCACCGGCAAGAGGGGAAACUCCCGAGCAGAUACUCGAUUCUAAGCUUAGCACGGUCUCCUUCACCUGGAGAAAGGAAAUGCUAGCAGCUCUAAAGGUUGCUCUAAUAUGCACAGACAGCACCCCAGCCAAACGGCCCAAAAUGAAGAAGGUGGUGGAAAUGCUUCAAGAAAUCACACAGAACUAAAGGAAAAGGAUUCAGGUUUUCCUCGAUUUUGAUCCAUGUGAUCAAGAAUGGAGAAUCCAGUGGUCAUGAAAGGACAUGGAGAGUAUGUAUGAUAAGUUUUUCAGGGAUAUUCUCCGCUGCUGGUUUUCGUAUUAAAGGAUUGAUGGAAAUUGCACCAUGUAAUAUCCCUCAUAACCGGAAGUAGAAAAAGGUUGGGAUUCUCCGAUGAAGAUUACUCUGGUGGUGUUGUUUGUAAAUUCAUUAUCAGGCCAUCAAAUCUCCUGCCGAGUUUAUGGUUUCUAAAUAUGUGUAUGGGAAGAUACAUUGUAUGAUGGGUAACCAUGACUAUUUCCAGUUUAUUCUAUACCUAGUUAAGUUUAUGCAAAAAAUUCCUGCACUGCCUUAUUAUUGAAUUUCUUGCCUCGCGCUCUGUUGUAUCUGGUUUUUCAUUCUUGACAAUGAUAUUGGAGCUAUUAUAGUCGCUGUAGUCCAAUAAA